CUCCAGAAGAUGGAACUUGAAGUUUCUAAGCAUUUUCCUUGUUUCAAAGAAUUGAAUUGAAUUAAACUAUUUUCUUUCUGUCUAGUCUUCCAUCAUAUCGGAACCUAAAUCUUCAUCUUUUUGUAUUGUCUCCUUUGAAUUUGAACCCUAAUUUCGUUCUCAUCAAUUUUAGGGUUUUUGCUUCGCUCCCUUUCUCACCCAUAAUUGUCUCUAAAUUCGACUCUAGUUUCUCUCUUUCAGCUCUCCGCUUUGCAUUCUCGGCACGUCACGGUCAUUUCGGCUCUAAAUUCGUUCGGAUUUCAUCAGAUCUUCGUGGUAGAAACCGUGUAUUCUGUUUGAAGUUUGAUUUUUUCUAUUUAUUUGCAGAUUUUUUCCCCCCUAUUGACAAAUGGUCUGGGCAAUCCGGUUCGUAGGACUUCCAUUUUGGAGAGUUUAAUUUCAUGUCUGAAUCAGAAGCUCAGCUUCCUACUGCCUUUGUUGCUGAUGUUCUAUUGUGGAAGCGGUGGCAUGUUUCCUUGGGUGUCAUUGUUGUUGCAACAGUUGCCUGGCUCCUGCUUGAGUGGACCGAUUUACCAUUUUUAACAAUUUGUUCAGAUGUCUUGCUGAUUUUGAUCGUACUAUUGUUUCUGCAUGCUAACUAUGCUGCCCUUAGAAAUAAACUUCCACCAACGUUACCUGAGCUAGUAGUGUCAGAGGAGAUGGUUAAUAAUGUGGCAGCUUCAUUUCGGGUCAAAAUCAAUAAUGUGCUCCUUAUAGCUCAUGACAUCACUAUUGGCAAGGAUUUUAGAAUUUUUUUUAAGGUGGUGGUUUGUCUGUGGCUCUUGUCCGUCAUUGGAAGCAUCUUCUCCUUCUUCACACUUGCAUAUAUUGGAAGCCUCAUGAUGAUUACUAUCCCCGCCUUGUACAGCAAAUAUGGAGAUUAUGUAGAUAAAUGUUGUGGACUUAUACACCAUCAAUUUUCAAAGCAUUAUAGAAUAGUAGACGAGAGUGUUUUCAAUAGAUUGCCCCGUAAUAUAUCAAAGGACAAAGAGUCUUGAUUUUCAAGGUCUUCCAAUUUAUGUUCCUUGUGUGUGUAAAUUAACUAUUCCGUCUUAUUUGUGUUGUCUAGAAUCUGGCUAGCACUUCGCCUUCAUAUAUGUUGGGAACAAUUUUGUAGUUUAGAUGUUGCUCUUGUCAAAUGUACGGCAUCUUUUUUCACUUCCCUGGCUUUGAAAUAGAGAAUUUGUUUGCAUUUUGCGAGCUUGUUUGACGUAGUUUUAGGAUUUUGGAGUUAUUGUCAUC